GGACUUCAUGGGAGGUACCUUGCAGGAAUUAACGAGAGAAAAUGCUUAGAACAUGUACAAGAACGUUAUUCUACUCUGAAACGUGAAAUGGACGAUAUUAUCAAUGAAUGUGAGGGUUUGUUUAGAAGACCAGACUCCCGGCAUCGUGAACUUGGAAUGGACCGCGGACUAGUAGUCUGGGAUCCGAAACACGAUGACAAUAAGUUAGUGCACAGCGUUGCUACUCAUUUUACCAAACAUUCUGAGGCAUUAUCAGUUUCCUCACAGAAGAAAUCACUAAAGAAGGCACUGGUGUCCAAAAUGAAACAAGACUUAGCAAGAGCUACGGCAAAGGAGGAUGCAGAAGCAGCAAAAGUGGCUCAUGGAUAUAAGCAAAGGAUGGAACUUAGACGCCUUGAAGAGGAAGCAACAUUGGCUGAGCUUGAAUGGAAAAUUGAAAUGGAUAACUUGACGGAGAGUAAACUCUCCCCGGUUGUAUCUAGCGCCUUGAACACGUCUACGUUUAUUGUUAACAAGCAAUCACACUCCACCUCCGUCCCGUCUGAGUAUGUUACUAGAGAUGGGUUUAACAGUCAACUGAGUGCCGUGUAUGUGAUUUCCAAUUGAGAACCUCAAUCCACGGAGCCAAAUUAUCCAGCAAUUUCAAGACCGUCAGACACGAUGUUGCCCCACAAUGAAUCGUCUGUGAAGGGAUUAAACACCACCACUCCCUCUGUGGGGAUUAACUCGACCCAGUCCCCUGAACGUGUUAACUUCGGGAGGUCGCACACCGUCUCCAGCAUAGACCAGGCUCCUCGUGAUCAUGUUGUAUGUUGUGGAAGGCACAAUUGCUUAGCGGAAUGAAGGCGACACAGUUCAGUGGUAAUCCAGCCGAGUUCCCCCUUUUUCGUGAACAAGUUCGUACGCACCUCGAAAGGGACCUGCUUACUGAUGCCCAGCAAGUGGAGUAUCUGCCUAAAUUCGUAGCGGGAGAAGCGUUAAAGGUUGUGAAGCGUAACAGAGGUUGUACGUUUAACGAGAUUAUGAAAACGUUGGAAGAACGUUUUGGCCAAGCGGUGAGAGUGACGCAAGCAUGUGUGGAAGAACUCUCAUCUGGCCCCAAGUUGGCCUACGGCGACAACAUUGGUCUUCUCAGUUUCUCUGAGAACUUAAAUGCAGCCACAAGGAUCCUCAAGGGAGUCGUUGAACGCGAGGUGAGCGUAGCGAUGAGCCUCAGGCGUAUAGUAAACCGUUUACCUAACGACUUAAUCUUGAAGUGGCAAACCGUGAACUACGAGCUUGUGAAGUCCGGAAGAUCCGCUCGAUUAAAGAAUGUCGCUGAAUUUGUGCACAAACAAGCGUUUAGCGUUUGCGGAAUUUGCAAAUCAAGUAAGCCUCACAAACUCCAAUAAUGCCCUAUUAUCAAACAAUGCGAACACGUGGCAGUGCGAAGACAGUAUGCGGCAUCCUGUAGAUUUUGUUUUAAUUGUGGUCUUGAAAAGCCCGGACACGGUUCUGGCUCCCGUCCGGAACCCACCAGCACAUUCAGUAUGUUCCGGUCGAAACAUUCGUCCUCUGCACUCUGAAAGUAAUUAUGGUGGUCGCCGCUUCAUCCCACGGAAUAACAGAGAGUCUAAUGAUAAGUCUGACAAGCCAUUGGCGACGCCUAAAUCCCCAAACAGCGGAAGGGGAAAUGUCACUCCAACCGCGAGCGAAGACAAGUCUGACAAGUCUGUAAGAAAGGUACCAAUAUCGUCCGCGACUGUGCAAGCGAAAGUGCUGUUGAACGUUAUACCUGUUGUUGUUUCUGCUGAGAAUGGUAACACUGUAUCCACUUAUGCCUUCUUAGACAGUGGCUGCACUGACACCCUCGUUAAACAAGAUUUAGUUGAUCACCUUGGUAUUCAAGGAACACUCGUCCAAAUCGGAAUCAACACGAUCUCAAGUAAUGACAAUGUGGUAAAGUCGAAACGUGUGUCCUUUACCUUGACUUCGGUAGAUAGUUCCGGGGAGAGUAUUGACGUUUCGGAGGCGUAUGUCCUACCUAACCUCAACCAGUCGCGCUGUACUAGUCCGGAGCAGAUUGACACUAUUGAGUACCCGCACUUACGUGACAUGAAGUUCCCGGAGGUUGAGAUCAGGAGAGUCUCUAUACUUGUUGGAAACAAUAUUCCCUACGCACAUUUACAGAAGGAAGUUGGAGUCCCUGAAGAUAAGAAGAAAGGGCUCUAUAGCUGUCGUUAUCCCUUGGGCUGGUGCGUUUGUGGUCCUUGUGGUGUCAAUUGUCGCCAAGGGGUUUCAGGAAACUUUAUCUCGAUUGACCCUGAACCGCGUUUUCUCAUUGAAAAAUUUUGGAAUCUGGAGGAUUAUGGGGCAGUGA